AUGAGACCAAUGAGUCAGAGGCUAUGGAAAAAUGACCAAGAGAAUGAGGAAGAUCCUUCAGAUGGCAUUGGAGACCUUUGUGAGAAUAUAUUCACCAAAGAGGACCAUUUGGAAGAAGAUACCAACCCACAAACAGUACUCAAGUUUUCUCCUCAUCCACAGUCUGACAGGGCAAAGAAACCAUUAUCAAUCAGGCCAAUUAAGUUAGUCAAGCAAAAACCGGAACCAAUCACUGCAUCCAAAGCAGAUGAACCUGGUGAAACUUCUUUGAGUGUGGCACUUAGUUGGAGUACACACUACACACAACAAUGUGGAUUAGAGAUCGUUUGUUCGGACCUAGGUACCUGUUUAUACCUAGGUACCAAGUACCACACCUGGCACCUCCUGGCGGGUGCAGGAUGGGGUAGCCCACUGAGUCUGGAACCACCCACAAAAUCCUACUCCUUCUAG